AUGGACGGAAUAAGAAAUGUAAAUGAAGUUUAAUUCGAUGAAAAUUUAAGAAUACAUCAUUCUCACGGACAUUCUUUAUAGGAUAUAUUCGCUUUAAGGCACGGUAGUUUUUAGAGGAUUGUAGAUGUUAUAGUGUAUAUAAGUAGUCAUUAAGAAGCCGAGCUUUUAAUUGAAAAAGCAAAUUAAUAUGAUGUAGUACUUAUGCCAUAUGGAGGUGGAACUAAUGUAACUCAAGCAUUAUUACCAUUAAAAGAUGAAAAAAGAAUGAUUGCUUCAGUAGAUAUGACUAGAAUGAACCAUGUAAAAUGGGUUGACAGAAAAAAUAUGAUGGCAUGUGUAGAAGCAGGUAUUUUAGGAUAAGACUUAGAAAGAGAAUUAAAGAAAUAUGAUGUAUGCUGUGGACAUGAACCUGAUUCUCAUGAGUUUUCUACUUUGGGUGGUUGGAUAUCUACAAGAGCAUCAGGAAUGAAGAAAAAUAAAUACGGAAAUAUAGAUGAUAUUGUCCUUAAUAUAAAAAUAGCGACAAGUGUAGGAACUUUCGAAAAAAAAUAAAACGCUCCAAGAGUAAGUAGUGGACCCGAUUUAAAUUAAUUUAUAUUAGGUUCAGAAGGGACUUUAGGAAUAAUUACUGAGGCAAUUAUUAAGGUUAAAAAUUUACCAGAAAUGGUAGUUUAUGAUUCUAUUAUUUUCCAUAAUUUUGAAAGCGGAACUUAGUUUAUGUAUGAGUGUGCUUAAGAAAAAUAAUGGCCUGCUAGUUGUAGAUUAGUUGAUAAUCAAUAGUUUAAAUUUGGGAUGGCAUUGAAAACUGAAGUUAAGAGUAAAACUUAGGAAAUUAUUGAUAAGGCUAAGAAGUAUUUUGUAACUGAAAUUUUGAAGUUUAAUCCAGAUAAAAUGUGCCUGUGUACUAUUGUUUAUGAAGGAAAUUAAAAUGAAGUUUAGACUUAGUAGAAAGUUGUCAAAUAAUUGUAUAAAAAAUAUAAGGGAUUUAGAGCAGGUGCUGAAAAUGGUUAAAGAGGAUAUUUUUUAACUUAUGUUAUUGCUUAUUUAAGAGAUUUUGCAUUUGAAUAUGGAUUCGUAGCAGAGUCUUUUGAAACAUCUGUUCAAUGGAAAAAUGUAAAUUCUUUAUGUGCAAAUGUAGGAAAUAGGAUAGUAUAAGAAUGCAAGAAAUAAGGAAUAAAAAGAGAACCUUUUGUAUCUAUGAGAGUUACUUAAUUAUAUGAUACUGGAGCAGCUAUAUAUAUUUAUUUUGGGUUUAUUUAUUUAGGAUUGGAAAAUCCAGUUUAAGCUUAUGCAGCUGUAGAAGAUGCAGCUAGGGAAGAAAUUAUGAAAAACGGAGGAUGCAUUUCUCAUCACCAUGGUGUUGGAAAAUUAAGAAAACAAUUCAUGAAAAAUAGUAUAGGCGAAUUAGGUAUAAAUAUGAUAAAAUCAGUUAAAUAAUAAAUGGAUCCUAAAAAUAUUUUCGCAAAUGGAAAUUUAUAUUGA